AUGCGAACUUCGCGACGCGACCGUGGCGUCAAGCGGAAACGGCGGGUUGAUUCGAAUGAGAGGAACCGCGAGGGAAGGGAGGAGAGGAGGAGACGAGAGGAAGCGGAAGGAGCAGGUCAUGGUGGGGAGGAGGAAGAUUCGUGGCUGGGAGCGGUAGGUGGGGUGAAGGUGGAGGAUGAGGAAGCGGAGGAGAGGGAGGGGGCCUGGGAGGUGCCUGGGGGUUCGGCGAGAGGCGGCGGAGAGGCUUUGUCGCCUGAUGGUGUGCCGCAUGGCGACGAGAGGAGAGGAGCGAUGGAGGAGGCGGGGUUAGAUGAUGAGCUGGAAGAGGGCGAGGUGGUUGGGGACGAUUAUGAUGAUGACGAUGAGGAGGAGGAGGAGGAGGAUGGCGAGGAGGAGGAGGAAGAGGGGGAAGGGGUUGGAGGGGUUGAUGAUGAAGGAGUACGUGUAAGGGAGGGGGAGGACGAGGGGUUGAGGGAGGGGGAGGAGGAGGAUGAUGAUGUGGAAGGGGAAGGAGAGAAGGAGGGGAAGGGGCGAGAAGCAGAGGCGAAAGGCGAGGCUGGUUCCUUGGGUGAUGCAGGGAGAGAAGGAGACCGUGGCGGGAGGAAGGACGCAGUAAGAAAGGGAGGGAAGGAGGACGCAGUGAGAGAGAGGGGAAAAGAUGAUGCACGUACUACCGCUGUGGGCCCCGCAAGGGCAAGGGAGAUGGCGGUAAGGGAGGGAGCGAAUGAAGAAGCAUUGGUCGGCGCACAUGUGAAGGAUGAGAGGUUAGAGACGGGGGACGCGGAGCGUGAGAUUCAGGAAAAGCGGGGAAGAGGCGGGUUGGCGAGCGAAGGCGUAGGGAAGCGUGCGGAAGAGGCAGGGGAGCGUGAGACUAAGGAUGGGAAGAGGAGGAGAGAAGAAAAGGACUUGGAUGAGGAGAAGCGCAGGGAGAUAGAUGGCAGGGGGAGUGAGGGCGGGGGACCAACAGGUGAGAACGUCAAGAGAAGGAAAGAGAGUGAGGGGAGGGCGGAGAGGGGAGCGAAGGAGUUGAGUGGAGGAACGCCACAGGAGGCGAAAUUGGGAGCAUGCAUUGGCCAAAGUAAUGGGCGAAAAGCGGGGGCAUCAGAGGCCGGUGCCGCGGUUGUGGGGCGAGGUGGUGAGAGUGGGGGCUUGCUGCUGGCUCCUGGUGUGGUCGCAACUUCUAAAGUGCCUCAGAAGUCCGCUCCUGCUGCUCUGGCAACUAUUAAAGUGACUCAGGAAUCCCCUCCUGCUGCUCUGGCAACUUCGAAAGUGCCUCAGAAGUCUGCUCCUGGUGCUGUGGCAACCUCUAAAGUGCCUCAGAAAUCCGCUCCUGCUGCUCUGGCAAUUCCUAAAGUGCCUCAGAAAUCCGCUCCUGCUUCUCUGGCAACUUCUAAAGCGCCUCAAAAGUCCGCUCCUGGUGCUGUGGCAACCUCUAAAGUGCCUCAGAAAUUCGCUCCUGCUGCUGUGGCAACUUCGAAAGUGCCUCAAAGGUCCGCUCCUGGUGGUGUGACAACCUCUAAAGUGACUCAGGAAUCCGCUCCUGCUGCUCUGACAACUCCUAAAGCGCCUCAAAAGUCCGCUCCUGGUGUUAUGGCAGCAGGUGUAGACAGGAGCGAUGGUGGUAACGCAGUGAAGGACAGGCAUGGGGACGGACAUGCUGCUACUGUGGGCUCAGAAGGUACGAGACUGAGGGACGUGCUGCAGCAGGCAGGCGCACGCACCGAGUCCCACCACGAUGCACAGAAUGUGGGGGAGGAGGCAGGGAGAGAGAGCCAAGUAACAGCGCCAAUGCUGCUCGUGAAACCAGAGGCAGCGAGUGAGGAUGAGGGUGAGGAUAGCGAGGAGGAAAGGGAGGAGGGGGAGGAGGAUGAGGAGGAAGGCGCAGGGAGUUGGGAGGAGGGGGAAGAUGAGGAAGAGGAGGAGGAGGGGGAGGAGGAGGAGGCGUGCGGAGUGGUGCGUGCAGGGCAGGAGGCGGGGAGUGGGUUGGAGGGAGUGUUGGUGCCGUCUGCACGCCUGAUGCUGCAGCCUGUGGGAUUAACGGCCGGAGGUUCUGCCAUGGCGACAGCAGAAGAUAGUGGUACAAGUAAGGCGAAUGCCGUUCCUGCCCCUACAGAUUCCGCUACAGCUACCGCUUCUGCUGCUGCUGCUGCUUCUGCUGCUGCUGCUGCUCCUCCCGAUCCUACUCCUGCUGCUGUACCAGAGCGGUCACAGGCCAUAGCCAUUUGGGUGCCGCCAGCAAUGCCAGCAGAGGCAGAGCCAGAGGGAGAGAGAGAGGGAGAGGGAGAGGCAGCCUCUGGAGAAGGCGACAUGAGAGGAGGGGGGUUGGAGGGGGGUAGCCGUAGGGACGUGGGGGUAGGUAAAGGAGUAAAGGCCGAAGAUGAUACGGCGUGUGGUGGUUUGGGGAUAGAGGGCGUGCCUAGGAGCGUCUUGGAGAGGAAUGCAAGGCAGCAGCGUGGUGGUGUUGCUGAUGAGCCGUUGCUAGCAUUGCCCUGGGAAGCAUUGCAGUCUAUGCAGUCAAUGCAGUCUAUGAAGGUGCCGCCGGUACAGCUGUUACAGUUGCCGGGGGGUUCACGUGGAGGCGGCUAUAACGAAGUGUCUGCAGGAGCAGGGACAGCAGGGGGAGCAGGUGGAGCAGGGGCAGCAGAAGGUGCAGCGGCAGCAGGGGGAGCAGCGCUGGCACUGCCGUGGGGGGAUUGGGAGGCGCGGGUGCGAAUGCUGCGGAGGCAGCACAUGCUGUUCGAAAGCAAGGACGUGGAUGGGGAGCAGGCUGAGGUGGUGUGGCGGGAGAAGCAGCAGCAGCAGCAGCAGCAGCAACAGCAGCAGCAACAGCAGAACAUGCUGCUGCUGCUGCAGGGAAGGGAGCGGAGCGAGAGGGAGGAAAGGGAGAGGAGGGAGGAGAGGGGAGAGCAAAAGUUGCUGAUGCUGCCGCCGCCGCCGCCGCAGCAGCAGCAGCCGCGGGAGGAAGCACAGCGACGUGCUCUUGAGUCAGGGCGAGAGGGACGGGGUGAGGUUCAGGGGCAGGGUCAGGGGCAGGGGCAAGGGCGGGGGCGAGAGCAGGCGGUAGGACCCCGAGAGGCGGGUGUGCGGGAGCAUCGGUUGCUGCAGGAGGCUCAGGUGGGGGCGGCGGCGGCAGCAGCACAGCAGGCGGUGCAGCAGCAGUGGCGAGUUGAGGUGGAAGAUGUGUUGGAAGAGGAGGAGGGGAUGAGGCAGGACGCUCAGCAGCCCUUUCGAGGGCAGCAGCCGCUGCGACUGCAGCUGGAACAGCAGCAGCAGCAGGAGCAGGAGAAUGCGCAGCGGCAGCACUAUUAUCAUCAGCAGCUGCUGCAGCAGCAGUUGCUAAUGAACGAGCAGCAGCAGCAGCAGCAGCAGCAGCAGCAGCAGCAGCAGCAGCAAGCACCCGCAUGGCAGCUAGCCCUGCACUCAGAACCCCCGCCGAACCUACCCGCUCCCGACCCUCUCCUACAGGACUGGGUGGCGAAGAAGCAAGGAGAGAGGGAGAACCUCGUGAGGCAAGGGCUGGAGCUGCAGCUGCCGUCCAGCCAGGUGGGUGCGGAACAGGAGGAGGCAGAGGCAGAGAGAAAGGUACAGGCAGCGUUGAAGACGUUUGGGGGUUACAGGGAGGGGUUAGAGCGGUGCAAGAGGCAGAUGGAGGAGGCACAGCAGAUGUUGCCUCUGUAUGCGGCUGCUGGGGUUGGUUCUGAUGCUGUUGCUGCUGCUGCUGCUGCUGUUUCUGCUGCGGCUGCUGCUGCUGCUGGUGCAGGUGCCUCUGGUUUCGCCAGUGUUCGUGCUGCCAUUGAGGGUUCUUCUGCUGCUCCCAAUGCCGCUGGAGAUGUCGCCGCGGCUGCUGGUUCUGCUCCGGGUUCUUCCCCUCCCUCCACCCAAAACCCAUCCACUGCAUCCCCCGCAGCAGCAGCAGCAGCAGCAGCAGCAGCAGCAGCAGCAGCAGCAGCAGCAGCAGCAGCAGCAGCAGGCACACCAGCCAGGCACAAGAGACAGUCGGCAACAAUGGAUGCAUACACUCUCAUGAGCCAGAACAGCCAGUUACUCCCCCGGGACAUCAUAGGCCAUGUGCGGGGUGUGCCACUAGGCUCCACCUUCCCCUCUCGCCUGCACCUCGCAGUGGUGGGCAUGCACACAAAGCACAUGAGCGGGAUCGACUUUAUCCCGGCCUCCCGCUGCCCGUUUAAAGAGCAUGUGACGACGUGUAUUGUCAUGUCUGGGGGGUAUGAGGAUGAUGAGGAUGAAGGGGAAGAGUUUUGGUAUACGGGGCAGGGGUCUGGGAAUCAGAAGCUGGUGCGGGGGAAUCUGGGGCUUGCGAAUAGUUAUUUUUUGCAGCUGCCCGUGCGGGUGGUGCGCGGGCAGGUGGACGGGCUGGGGCGGAAGAUGUAUGUGUAUGAUGGGCUGUAUCAUGUGCAUGACUUUGCACAUGUGGUGGGGAAGCAGGGGUGGUAUGUGUACCGGUUUAAGAUGGUGAGGGAUGCAGGGCAACCGCAGUUGAAGACCCAGUUGGUCACGUGGCGUAGAGGGAGGAAAAGGAAGAUGCUGACAGGUGGGACAGCUCCUGCUGAGGGAGCCGGUGCUGCUGCUGCUGGUGGUGCUGCUGCUGCUGCUGGUGGUGGUGCUGGUGGUGGUGCUGGUUGUGCUGGUGUCAGUGAUGGGGCUGCUGCUGUGGUGGGAGGAGCAGGUGCGAGGGCACUGGCGUUAACAGCAGGGAUGGCUGGUGGGGAGCCUGGGGGGGUGGAUGCAGCAGCAGCAGUGAUGGCAGCAGUAGUGGCAGUAGCAGUGGCGGCAGCAGGUGCAGAUGUGAGAGGAGUGGUUGGAGCAGCGGUGACAGGAGGAACAGCAGGAGCUGAGAGUAGCAGGGGGGCAGCAGCAGGUCCCGCUUCCGCUUCCGCUCCUGCUCUCAGUCCUGCUUCCUCUCCUGCUCUUGCUCCUGCCUCUGCAUCUGCUGCAACAGUGACUGUACAACAAGGGACCGAGUCUGACACUGCACCAGCAGCAGCAGCAGCAGGAGGAGGAGCCACAGUCAAGGCAACUGCCCCAAGCCACCUCUCUUCCUCUCAGCCUGGAUCCGUGCCCUCUCCCUCCCCUUCCACGCCUCCAUCUCCCAAGCCAUGCCCCAUGGGAGCAGGUGAACCGUCACCAGCUCCCCCUCUCACGCCCUCUCCCCCACCACCCCAGCACCCCUCUGCCACUCCAGUGUCAGCGGUUUCGUCUGCUGCUCUUCCCCCCUCGGCCCUUCCCUCUUCGCUUCCCCCGACCCUUCAAUCUGCCCUUCCUUCUGCAGCCCUUGCAUCAGCCCGUGCUGCAGGCCCUCUCUCUGGCAGAGCACAGGGACCUUGGCUGGGGCAGGCAUCUGCUCCUUCUCGCCUCAUUCUCCCCUCUCGCACCGCCGCACCUGCUACUGCUCCUACUGCUGCUCGUGCUGGUAUCUCUUCCUCCUCAUCCGCACCCUCAGCUGCUGCUGGUGCUCUUCGCUCCCCGGUCCUCUCCCCCACACCACCUCCAUCCUCCACUGCUGCUGCUGCUGCUGCUGCUGUUUCUCCAAACGCACCCCGUGCCGCACGCUUGCCUGUCCUGCUCCCACGCCCACCCAUGCAGCGAACAGUCAUUGAAUUGUCCCCAUCACCACCCAGCUCUCCGCCUCUUCUCUCCGCUCCAUCCCUACACCCAACCCUCCUCUCCCUCCCCCGCCAGCACCAACAAAGCAUCCCCACCAGUGCUCCCCUCCGCUUGACCUCCUUCAACCAUGCCCCUGCUCCUUUCCCCGCUGCACCUUCCUCUCUCGCCUCUUCCCCCUCCCCUCUCCCCACCCCUGGUUCCACUGGCCCAUUCCCAGCUGCUUCUUCCCGCCUCUACACCACUCCGGACUCCUCCACACCCCCUGUUCUACCCUCUUCCAGACCCCCUCCUGUGGCUGCUCGUGCCCCGUCUGCCGCCGUAGCCUUCCCAUCUGCUGCUACCUCUCUCUCCAGGCCCACCACCAUCCCCUCUGCGAGCUCUCUUGUUGGCCUGUUUGGUUUGCACAAACCAUACUUGAGUUUCUCCUCAUCUUGA